CAGUAUGAGACAUGCAGAUGAGUGCCGUCGAUCUUAGAAUCACCGCACACUUCACUCAUUUGGGCAGUCACGGUGCCAAAACCAGAGUGUGGAGUCACAGUGUGGCGGUGGAGCAGGCAGCAGCAAUGGGAGGGCCAUACAGCACCCUAUGACAAAAUGGAACCCACCAGCAGUGUGAGGAGACCUGAAAGUGGCAACAUGGCAGAGUGUGGCGAUGGAGACAGCAGCAAUGGGAGUGGCCGUACAGGGACCCAUGAGACACUCUGGACCUGGCAGCAGCAUGAGGAGGCGGUACAAGGGGCCCAUGGCAGAUUACGGGCCUGGCAGCAGCAAUGGGAGGCCCGUAAUCUGCCAGCACCCUAUGACAAAAAUGGGAACCCACCAGCAGUGUGAGGAGACCUGAAAGUGGCACAU